AGGGAAGUUCGAGAAAUCGGAAUGAUCGGUUGACUGUUCUAAAAUUUUAAUUCGGCUCCCGAGUAAUUUAUACAUUGCUUUGUAGGUAGAUAGACUGCGACGACACACAGUUUAUGUGCUUUAUCACAGCUUUGUAUCAAAAUACAGGACGACAGUCAUAUUCAAGAUGCACUCCCAUAAUGCCACCCCCACGAGUUCCAGCUUCACGUACCCCACGCAACAGUCAAGUCAUGGAGGAUACUCGACAACUUUAGGCUCAGAGAUAAACUCCAUCGUAAUGAGUCAUACUUUGCACUCACCAGUUUAUACUCGUCCGCAGCAAUUGGGAUACAAGGCCAACUCUCCAUUGUCGACGUCGGAACAAUUAAUGAUGAAAUCCCAAAUUUCUUCUGAUCCUUCUGAAGGAAAAAGUAAUCGACGGAUGGAUCAGUUGAAGACACCAGUGUCUCUGCUUAACGAGGUUUGUGCAAAGGCAAAAAUCACCCCCCAGUUUGAAACGUCGGAAAGUGGACCACCGCAUGAUCGGGUUUUUGAAUGUCUCGUGACAUUUCACAUGCAUGGUUUAGCUUUGGAAGGAAAGGGAAAAGCACGGGCAAAAAAAGAUGCCCGACAAGAAGCCGCAAAAUCACUAUUGAUGUCCAUGGAUGAAAAAGUCGAGAAACUUUUAAUCCCUACUAAAUCUUCUACUGAUGAACUUGACUGUCAAAAAUCAGGAACAGCAUUGGAUUGUGAUUCUGAUGUAGAGGGGAACCCAGUUGGAGAGCUGAAUGACUUGUGCUUAAAAAUUAAGCGUAUGCCACCAGAAUAUGAAGACAUCGAGACGAAAGGAAAGCCACAUGAGAGUGUGCAUACGGUGGCAUGUAAAUUAGGAACUCAAAUCAUGGAACAGGGUCGAGGGCGUACCAAGAGACAGGCAAAAAAAGUUGCUGCAAAGAAAGUUACUAAACGUCUGACUGAACUCUUGUUGUCCUCGCCCGACCAAGAACAAGACGGUAAAGAUGGAUGUAUAAUUGAAAAAAUACAAGCCCUCACCCUGCCAAAGAGCAAAUCAUCAAAAACCAAAGACACUUUUAACUUGAGUCAGUGGAUCGCCGAUUUUCGGGAACGAUCUGGAGAAAAGUUGACAUCCUUGAAUGAGACCACUAAAACUACGAGUGAUCCUACUAAACUACUAAAAGAAAUUGCUGAUGAACAAAAGUUCAAAGUCGAGUACAUGGACAUUGACAAGUCUGCAAGAGGGGGCGAGUCGUCAGAAGAAACGACAUCGAUCUUGUCGAUUGGAAUAGAACCUAUUGCAAUCUUUUUUUCUACAGGGAGUAGCAAAACUCAAGCUCGAAAAGGCGCUGCAAAUCAAGCUAUUGAAUUUUUAAAAAUUGUAACUAGAAAGUAAAAGUUACAUUAUUGUUACAUUUCUUUAGCUAAUAUUUAUUCGAUCUUGCUUAUAUCUUGACUUUUGGCUCUUGAUAAACUAACAUUGAUUAUAUUAAUUAAUGAAUGAAUUAUUUCAUUAUCCCAAUGACAGUGGUGGGAUUGAUUUUAUACAUAUAAAAUUGUAGAUCUCAUUUGUCCUUAAUUUAGUUGAAUUUGAAUAAGAAUAUCCUUGUCUUAUUGAUUUUAUUAAUUGUA